AUGGAAUCACAUUCUAAAAUCCAAGCUGAACUUAUCCAUCUGAUCGGCGAAUAUGUAGCCCUACGCUUCACAGUUCCCGAAGUUACUUCCUCCACUGAGGUAGAAGGAGAUGAGCUUUAUGCAAUGUUCGCAGUUGACAAAAGCGGCUCAAUGAGUGGGUCUCCAAUGAACGACGCCAAAGGUGCAGCAGAAAGCUUGACUACCAAAUUCAGAAAAAUGGACAUCCCAGUCGCUAUUUAUCCUUUUGACAGUCGAGCCAAAGAAUUCUGCUCAGACGUAGUUGGAUACGACACUAUCGUUGAGAAUCUCCAGAAGCUAAAAGCAAGUGGUGGGACAAUCUUCCAAAACGUGAUGGAAAUGAUGGUUAAGAAAAUCAGGGAGCAGCAUUUAAAAAACAUUUUUGUUGUCUGGCUUACUGAUGGCCAAGAUAACAACGGCCUUGAAUCGUUGAUUCCAAUAAUGGACGCCCAUAAGAAAGAAUAUGAAGACCAAGGCGUUUCGAUUUCAAUUCAAUGCAUUGGGUUUUCUUCAGAACAUGAUGCUACACUCUUAACGAAACUCUCCACUAGUGGAACGAGACCUGGGACUUUCCAAUAUGUCCCUGAAGGUGGCAGAAUCCCAGUGGCAGUUAAUAAUGUGUAUAAUCUGGCUUUUGAGUCGACUACUUGGGCAAGAUUCAUAGCUAGUGAAGGGAAGAACUAUAAAGUGUCAGUAGAAAAAGUGGAAGGAAAAGACGAAUUGAGAGCCUUAGUAUAUGUCUCUGAAAAUGACCUUGAAGAAUGCAAGGUAGAGCUACAUAAAGGAUCAGCUGUCUCUGAGUUUGAAGUCGAGCUAAACAGAUCAGAAAGCAGAGGACUUGAAGACCUUGUGUUUUUGGCCACUGCAUUUAUUUCUUCAAAAGUUGUACAAGCAUUAGAAAAAGGAAUUGAAGGCGCCGGGCAGAGGCUUGCAGAAAUGGCUCCACUUAUUGAAGAAACAGACAGAAGGGUCGAAAACUUGUUGGAACAGUCAAGAAGGCUGAGGCCUUAUAAACAAAAGCAGUUGCAGCCUUAUUUUAACGCUGCUAAAGACUUGACAACUUUCUUUUUCCAAAUUACCAAAACUUUAGGUGGCGGAGAAAUUUCUAAUGAAGAUUUCGCUAAAAUUAAUGGUUUAGCAAAUGCAUUGUUCCUUAAAAGAAACCUCGAAAGAAAAAUCGCUAAAGAGUCUGGAGAAGGGUUAACAGCCCUUCAGCUUGGAGAAGAAGAAAUCGACAGACUAUCUCAAGACCUUAAAAUUGAAGAAAUAAGAGGCACAUAUGAAAGCCAAGCCCAAGAGCUCGGGGCUUGUUCUAUUUCUCGUAAAAAUUGGAUUGAUUGCGUAUCUACUGGAGACUGCUUGUGCAUCACUUUCCAAGUCGAAAGGCCUCAAAACUUGAUGGGUAACCCAUACGAAACUAAAGUUACAAAAAUAAAUGCGACCAUGCUUUCUCAUGACAGCUUCUUAAACUCCAACCUUUUUGAGACUAAAGCAGGACAGAUCAUCCAAGGGCCAAGAAAUUAUCAGCAUGGAAAGGAGCCAGUUUUGGCUUCACAACUUGUAGAUGGGCUUUUUGAUGAAUAUAUUACUGGCUUGAUGCCAAUUUUCAUCACAAAAGAACACUGGCAGUUUGCAAGACUCAGGCUUAAGCAGAUGCUUGCGUAUGCAAUUAGUGUUGAUGUCCUGGACUACAAUGAAAACCAAGUUAAAGUUUUCCCAUUCUUAAUCAUGGCCAGAGCCCUUUCUGAGUCUGAUAAGUAUUCUCAAUCAAUUUGCAACCAUAUAGUUGAUACUUGUCAACAGGUUUAUUUAGAGAAUAAAGACUCAAUAAUUCCAGAUAUCCAUGCUAAACUUAUGGAAUAUAUCACAAACCCUAGCCUUCGCUUACUCCCCUACUUGGUUACCUAGUAAAACCAUUGAAAAGCUUCUAUUUUUAGUAAUCACCCUCAAUCUUUAACAAGCAAAAAAUUAUUUUAAUAUAAUUUUUUCUUAAGAUAAUAAGUAAUAAUUUUUGUAUUGCCAUCUUCAUUUAAUUCUAUUAAAUUGAACAACUAAGGCUCUGAAAAAUAAAUUAGAUUGAAUAUUUCAAAUAUUUACAAAUUUAGAUUUUAAGAUCCGAAAAAAUUUUGUAGAAUUCUUAAUCCUUCCGUUAGCGUGCAAGGCAAUCCUGCCAUUAAUCAAGAUGAAGGGUUAGCGAAUUCUAUUGUUGAUAACAGUGUCAUUUUAUGCCAGUUGCACUUUGCAAACUUAGCAGGAGAUCUUCAAGAAUACAGAGGAGUAGUCCCAUAUAUAUUUGAAGAAGAAGUAAGGCGCUCAUUUAAGCAUCAUGAAGACUUGAAAUUCAAUGAACUUUGCCUCAAAGUUUUAGGAAUAGACAUGCUUCCUUAUUUCGAGCCUAUCAGAACUGCACUUAUGAGCGGCGAGGCUUCAUAUGCUGACAAGUUUAGAGUUGUGAAGCAAGGUGGAAAGCCAGAAGAUGCUAAAAAAGAAGAAAAAGGAGCCGUAGAAAUAGCAGAGCAGCAAAUUGAAACUCCCCAAGGAAUCCAAACAUUAGGAGAAUAUGCAACUAACACAUAUAAUUCUAUAUUAGAAGCAUUUACUCCAGGCGAAAGUCUAGGAAAGCUUGGUCGAAUUCUUAAGCUCUUCGGCUAUGACCAAAGCUUAGAAAGCUUAGGCCUACUCACAAAUGAGCAGAAAUUAGCCUUCAUGCUCCAGUGCAUCGGCCAUAAGAAAGAUGCUGAUCGAACUGAAGCUAUCCAAUCUGGAAAAUUCUGCGACCCAUUUAAUGCUCAAGCUGCUCACGACUGGGUGCUCCAAACUUAUAAAUCUACCAUUGAAAAAGAAAUCUUACUCCCUCCUUUAAAUUGGAGCAAAAUAUCAGUAAAAAAAUCUAAUUUUUUUAUUUUUAUAAAUUAUUUUUGACCCAAUUUAAUAAAUAAAGCGCAAGUGGAAUGCUAUUUAAACAGUUUUCACGCUGAAUCAAUAAAUUUUUUUAUUUUAAUUCUUAAUAAAAUAAAUUAAAUUCAAAGCAUCGUUCUCAAUCUAUAUUUUUUAAAAUUUUUUAAAGUAAAAAUUAAAUAUGAAAAUACUAAUUUUAUAAAAUUAAAUUUCAACUAAUUUUAUGAAAAAGUGCAAGUAGAAUGAUAUUUAGCACUAAUUCGAUUAAAUUGUUAAUAAAAAUAAAUGAAAUUCAAAACAUUGUGCUCAAUUUAUAUUUUUUUAAAGAGAUUUUAAUAAAUUUUUUAUAGUGAAAAUAACCCCCUUUUAAAUUGGAACAGGAUUUUUUAUUCGAAUUUAAAUGGGAAGGUAGCUUAUAAGUCUCAGCUAUUGAAUCAAAUCCAAGGCAAAGAAUCUGAAAAAAGAGCAGCCAUCUUUGCAAUGAGUGAAGACCUAGAAGAUGCAGCAGGCUGUGUAUAUGGGAUGACACAAGGAAGCUCAGGAUUCCCACAAUUCAUUAAAGCACUUAAGCAGCCAAACAUCCCUCAUAUCAUUGAGAAAGUAAAAAUGAUUACUUUGGGACAUUUUGAAGGAGUUAAGCUCAUUUUGGACGAAAUUCCAGGCACAAUCGAUUUUGUGCAAUGGAAACCGACGAAGAAAACAGUCCAUGAGAUUUGGAAAGUUCACAAAGAUGCAGGGACAAAAGAGCAAUGGCAAGAAGCAUUCCCUCAUAAGUUUGACUAUUUUGAUCAUAUUUACUUGAGAAUGCAAGGAGUUUUUGUGCCUUAUAGCAAGCCAAAGAAAAACGUAACUGAUCAGAGGCAUUGGGAAGGAAAAGAUAGGACUAAGAGGUCUCCAAGGCCAGCUGGAAGUGGCAGAGGUAGAGGUAGAGGCAGAGGUGGCAGGGGUGGCAGAGGUGGCAGAGGUGGCAGAGGUGGUAGAGCUGCACCGAGAGGAGGAAGAGGUGGCAGAGGAAGAGGUUUUAGAGGAAGCCCUUAA